AUGGCAUCUCCCAACAAGAAGAACAUACAGGGAGACAUCUGGCCUCGUCUCCCUAAGAAACACGAGUUGUUUGUCUUUUUCCGGAUCACCGACCCAAAGCUAUUCAAGGAACACCUAAAGAAGCUCGUUCCCUUACUCACAACUGCUCGCGAUGCUGAGAGGACCAGAGCUGAGAUAUACCAGAAGAAGGCCGCAGGCACUCUUCAAGGGCUCAUCGAACUAUCUGCUAUUAAUGUUGCCUUCUCUGCGAAGGGACUUGCAAAACUUAAAGCUGAGGCAUUCAAAGAUGAUAUCUUCAACAACGGAAUGUGGGAGGACUUGACUUAUCCUUUGCCAGGGGAUGACAAGACAAAGCACAACGGCCUCGAUGACCAGCAUGAUUGGUUCCAUCAGUUCACUCCACGCAGCGGAUAUAUCGACGGCGUCUUCAUUAUUACAGGUGAUAGUCAAAAGACUUUGACUGUUACUCAUGAGAUGGUCAAAAACACCUUUGGUAUUAACAUUAAGGGCCGGGACCAGCCAAGCAUGCAGCAAAUUUUCCAACAACAGGGACAUGUCCUUGAAGAUGACAGAGAACACUUCGGAUGGGUUGAUGGUAUCUCUCAGCCCAUUGUCAUUGGUCUAGAUACCGAUCAAAAGGUCGAAGAAGCCAAAAAGGGCUUGAAGCCGAUUCAGCCAGGUACGAUUCUCGUUGGAGGCGAAGGCGAUCAGUCAAACCACCCAGCUUGGGCCAAAGAAGGGAGCUUCAUGGUCUUCCGCACAUAUGAGCAAAGAACACCAGAGUUUGUCCAUUGGUGUGCUGGCAACAUAAAAAAAAUGGCUACCGGGAACAUGACAGAAACAGCUGCAAACGAGCUUCGCAAAUUCUCUUCCCGUAUUGUAGGAAGAUGGCCCAACGGAGGUCCGCUCGAAGUUCACCCAGAAAAAGAUCCCACACCUUUUUUUACUCCCGAUCCAUUGGUGAACAAGAAGCUCAUGAUUGAGGACUGGGAGAAAAAAGGUGAAGACGUGAAAGCCAAGCUUAAAGAGUUGGAAGAGAUAAAUCACUCGGAUGCUUUCACUUACAACCCUGAGGACCAAACCAAGUGCCCUUACGCUGCCCACAUCCGGAAGUGUGGGCCCCGAGAUGACUUUCCUGGUUAUGAGAAGCAUCUGAUGAUGCGACGGGGAAUCCCAUACGGACCACAGACGGAGCAAAAUGAAAAGGGCGGUUUUGUGUCCCAGCACGACCGAGGCCUCUUGUUUGUCUCCUACCAAAGCAGCAUUGAAAAUGGAUUCCGAUUUGUCCAGAAAGUUUGGGCAAAUGAAGAGGACAAGCCUGUUGAUUUCACCAGCAAGUUGGGCAAUGCCGGACCCCAAGGUAUCGAUGCUAUCAUCGGUCAAAGGCCUCCGGACUGGCGCCACGAGGAGGAUGUUACCAAAUACGAGGAUCCAGCUCCAGUUGCCAAUUUUCCCGAUAUUGAGAAGCCUGUGCCAAAGAACAACAAGCAUUUUAUCCCCCUUGAGCGCUGGGUGAUCCCUCGUGGUGGUGAAUACUUCUUCGCUCCUUCGAUUUCCGGAUUGAAAGAUACUCUUUGCAAUUGA